GCUUAAAAUAAGAUUGAAUACACUAUACCCUGACGAAAUUAGGACAAAAUUUCACACCCAAAAUAACAAUAAAGUAUUUUGAUUUCACAAGGUAUAGUCAAAAAGAAAACCAACCCAUUAAAGCCAACUCACAAACAACUCAAAAACAUUCUUUCUCCCUUUAAACUAAGUACAGCUCCAGACAAAGCAGGUGAAUUUUUUUUGUUCUUGAGAGGACAUCAUCUUGCUUUUCUUCUCUCACCUUUUACCUUUCUUCUUUCCAAUUUAUGGAUGCUACUACUCAAUGGACGCAGGAUAUUGGACUUGUAACAUCCAUGGCUGCAGAAAUAGCUCAACCUAAUGUUACAUGUUCAAAACCAUCUUCUACACUGGAGAAAAAAGUCAGACCACAAAAAGAUCAAGCGGUAAAUUGCCCACGGUGCAAUUCAACAAAUACCAAGUUUUGUUACUACAACAACUACAGUCUUACUCAACCAAGAUAUUUAUGCAAGACUUGUAGAAGGUAUUGGACAGAAGGUGGUACUCUAAGAAAUAUUCCAGUUGGAGGUGGUUCAAGGAAGAAUAGGAGAUGUUCAUCUUCAUCAUCAUCAAUAUCAACAUCAUCUUCCCAAAAGCUUCCUGAUCUAAAGCCUAAUCUAAGUCUUUCUCAUCAAAACCCUGAUUAUAAGAUUAAUCUUGGAAGUAACCAAGAUCUUAAUCUAGGGUUCCCAUCUAUUAUACAUGAUCAUAAUAAUUACUUCCAUGGUGUUCCUCAGUUUCUUGAAUUUCCUAAAAUGGAAAGGGGCAAUAGUGGAAUCGAUCAGUCAACUUCAACUUCAAAUACUACUCCAGUUUCGGCCCUGGAUCUUCUUAGGACCGGAAUUGCCUCAAGAGGGUUAAGUUCAUUUAUCUCAUCACCAGCACCGGAUUUAAACGCUUUGUACACAUCAAGUUUUUCAAGUGGGGUUCAACACAAUGGUGCAAAAAUGAUGUUCCCAUUUGGAUGCUUGAAUAAACAAUUUUCAGAUAGAAGUGUUGAAGCAGAAAAUCAUAAUAAUGAGAGUAAGGGGCAGGAGAAUAAUUCAAGUGCUGGAUAUUGGAAUACUGGAAUGUUAGGUGGAGGAGGAUCCUGGUGAAGGCAAUAUUGUGCAAAAACCUCACUUUGUAAUUCUUGUUUGUUUUUUUUUUUUCGGUGUUGUAAUAUUAUUUUUAUAUCAUUUGACAUGCUUUGAUCAUUAAUUUGUUUGGAAUUAAGAUAGAAGAUACAUCUGGUUUCAUUGUUUGACACUUACUAUUUAUCAGUGUUUCUAAUAUUGGAUCAUAACCACGUAAUCGCUGCUGAAUUGUUAUUUUCA